AUGUCUGCAGAAGCCCCAUUGGACACAGAACUCAGCAGAAGAAGUCUCAAGAAGCAAUGCUCGUUCACCAUCGAGAACAUUCUCUCCAGCCCAACAGAGAGAAGUCCCCAGGUUCUGGUCCCCUUCUGUCUCCAGGGGAUCUUGGACUGUGAGCCCAAGGGGCUGUGUGGGCUGGAGGCCAUUGCUGCUGGCUCUCUGCAGGAGGAGGAGGAGGAAGAAGAAGAACUGGAAACUGCUGGGUGCAGCUGCUGUUGCUGUUCUCAUGCAAGCACCCGUUCCCUGCAGGAUUCUUCAAAUUGGCUAGACACCAGGUUCCCCUGGCCCAUGAGGCUAAUUCAUCCCACUGCCAGGGCAUGUAAGAACCUUCGUGGGAGCCAGAAUGAGCUGCAGACCUUCCAUCAGAUCCAAAGGCGGACCCGCCGGCACCGGACCAUCUUCACUGAAGAUCAGCUACAGGCCCUGGAGGCCCUUUUCAACCAGAACCAGUACCCAGAUGUCAUCACCAGAGAGCAUCUGGCCAACCGCAUCCACUUGAAGGAGGAGAGAGUAGAGGUUUGGUUUAAAAAUCGACGGGCCAAGUGGAGGCAUCAGAAAAGAGCUUCUGCUUCGGCUCUGCUCCUUCAAGGCACCAAAAAACCCUCGGAGGAGAACUGCUAAGGGACUGACGCUAAGUCUCACAGGGCUGCUGUGAAAAGCACCAGUUGCCCUGAUCCACUGGUUUUGCAGCAAGGUGGGACAGAUGGAAGAGGAGUGGGGCUGGAGAGGGAAAGCAGUGAGGGAAUCUUCUGAUUCGAUGAGGUAAAGGGCAGGUAAAGGUAGGUGCUGUAUUUUCAAGUCCUUAGCUUUUUAAUCCAAAAAAAGUUCAUCUCAUGACAAAUAAAACAAACGAGUCAUAGGGCAUGUUCCUCAAAAGCUUAAGCUGAAAAGUUGCCAAAUGCCAAAGGUGGGGAUAGAGCUUGUUCAAUGUUAGUAUUGUAGAUGCAUGUAUGGAUGAUGGAGAAAGAUUUCUCUCAACUUGUCUUUGUUCCUGUACAGAUAGCACUGUGCCUGUUUUGUUGUUAUAAAGUAGAUUCGGAGAUUAUUCUGGAUAAUGGCCUGGGGUUUACAUUGUUUUUACAGUGUCAUGAUGGUGUCUACAGUUGCAUUUUGGGGUCAAGGUGGAUACUGAUUAAUUACACAACUCAUUCCUUAAACAAACUAACAAAGGCUCUAUUUGCAUUCUUCAAAAUAAAUUCAUUCAUGUACAGAGUAGGGGGCAUCAAAGUACUAUUAGUACUUUCAAACUAACGUCUUCAACUAACCUGUGCUAACGCAUGGCUGUAGUACAGUUGGUUGUUAGUGCAGACAAGGCCAUUUGUAUACUGAGUAAUCUUCUCUUUCCAUGACGGACCACUCUGCAGCUGCUCUGCUCACAGCGUGGGUUGGGUUGCCCAGAAUGGGGCAACAGCAGUUGCCAACCCCAAACAAAAUGGCAAAAGAGAAAUGAAAACUAAACUGUAGCACUGCAGAGGAAAAGCAGCACCUGCUGCUAUGGGUAGCUACUAGAGUUUCUACUGCUAGAAGGGUGUAUUUCACCAGAGAAGCUGGUUGUUUCCUUUUUUUGUUUUGUUUCACUCAGCUUGGAUAAUUAAACUAGGUCCGUCAGUUUCACUUUCUGGUUCUCACGCCCUAAGACCUUGCUUUGGGGUCUGGAGUGGUGCAUUGGGCUUCACAACAACACAGAGGAAAGUUUCAGCCCUAGAACUGUCUAUGUGGUGCCCCACCUGCUGUGUAAGUGCUAAGGAUGAUAACUGUUUGCAGUGUUGUAGCCAUGGCAGUCCUAGGAUAUUAAAGAGACAAGGUGGGUGAGGUAAUAUCUUUUAAUGGAUCAACUUCUGUUGGUGAGAGCUUGUCUCUCAAGAUAUUACCUCACCCACCGUGUCUCUCUAAGGAUGAUAAUUGGCCAUGUCCUACAAGGCCAGCCAGCUUUUGAAGAAUCGUUCCUGAUUUCCAUCCCCAUUCUAUGUUUUAUUCCUUGCAGACAGAUUCCCUUUCAUUUUCAGACUUGGAUCCCUCCAUGAUAAUUGUGGGGAAUGGGGUGUGUGUGUGUAUGCAGUAAAUGCUGCUGGAGUUCUUUUCAAGUAAAAUAAAGAUUCAUAAAUCAAUGUACUGGGGAGACAGCUGUUACUGGGACUGGAGCCCUGGCAUCGAGCCUGCCAAACACGAUGCUCCUGACAAAAGUAGUAACGCUACUAAUUUAAGUCCGCAAAGAUUCUGUCACUGUAAAUAACACUUUGCACUUCCACAGCACCUUUGCCUUCCUUCUGUGCUGCAGGGCUGACACCAAGAGCCACACACCAGUGUAGAAUUUUCAACACAAGGCAGGGUAUUGAGUUAAUCCUGAGUGAUCCAUAUUCUGGUGGAGAAUGUGCUCUACCGGGGGUCUGCAGCUGAACAGCGCAGCCCUGAAAGUUGGGAGCGCUGGCCAGGGUGUGGGGCACGGCUAGGGGAUAACAUAUCCAGUGUUUGAAUGCUGGGAAUUGUAAUCUUGUUUUAGGAUAGGACACGCAUACAGGCAAAUAAUACUAAUCUGUUUUCCCCAAGCCAACUACCUGAAAAGCACUAAUUGAACAUUAACGCAUUAUUUAUCUUUUCAAAGGUAUACAUAGGGUUGGCAGGAUUAGAUUAUCAGUAUAUGUCAAUUUCACCAGACACAUACAAAUCAAUGAAAAAAUAUAUCCAUUGAUAAUAAUCAAAAUUUACAGAUGGAUAAAGUGAAUGAAAAUGCUGCCUGAGAAUUUAAGUUUAAUUUAAAAAUAUUUACUUUGUAUAUUUUGACAUGUGAUGCGGACAAUUUGUGUUUUAACGGUUGUAAAGUUUUAACUUUGUAUAUCUCAGUGUCUUCUGUCAAUAAAUAAUGAUUGUUUGACCCUU